AUGGUUUACAACAGUGGACGUACCGACAAUUUUUCAGAAAUUAUAUACAAAAAUCCUCCUCAAAAUCUAACCUUUGAAUUCGUAGAUGAUGCUACAACAUUUCAACGGGGAGAACUAGGGUUAUCAAGGAGCUACUUGAAAGGAAGAUUAAAUUUUGGUAGAAAAAUUAAUGUGAGUUUAAUCGAAUUCACACUUAAAGGAUUGGAAGAAACACAUCAUGUUCCAUUUAGUGGAAGAAUAAAAAACAAUUAUUCUGGUUCUUAUAAAUUAACAGAAAAAUCUAUAAAAUUUCCUAUUGAAAGAAAGGAACUUUUAGAGUUUUAUGAUUUCGAAUUUCCUUUAAAUUCAAAUUUGUCUAGUUCUUUCUUAAUCGCUGACAGAGAAAAAAAUGUAAAUGGAAAAAUAUAUUACGUCUUCAGAGUGACUAUUUCUGAACAGAAUAGUGGAUUUUUUAAUACACCGCAAAAAGAAUCUUGCGAAAUAUUUUGUCCUUUAAGUCAAGUAUUACCUUAUUUUACCACUCUUUAUAAAAAUGUUGAAGGUAAACACAUGGUUUCUAAUGAUGAACUGCUUGAAUAUUCAUUCCAAAUUCCUGAAUAUUUCGGGCUUGGGACUGUAAUUUCCGUUCCUAUUCAAGUUACUUUUCUUGAAACUAAAGUUAAAAUUGUAAGGAUAGAAAUAUCUUUGAAAGAAAUUACAACGUACACUUUUGAAAAUUGUGAUGAAUCAGUUAAAACUGAAAAAAGAUGUUGCCGAUUUUUCGAAGAGCCACAAAGGAUUUCAAAUAGUAACCUUGAACAGAAACUUACUCUAAAAGUUCCAGAAAAUUUAAAUAUAAGCUAUUGCGGUACAUAUAUUCAAAUAGAAUACAAGCUUUGUAUAAAAUUUACGUUGGUUGGUGGGGGUAUCAAUAUCGGUAACGGUGACUUUUAUAAAGAGCAAACUGUAAUAGUUGCAAAGAUUAAUAGUCCUAACAAUUCAGAUGAUUCAGGUUAUUCCAAUUAUUUAAGUAAUUUAGAUAAUUUAAAUAAUUCAGAUAAAUGCAGCAAUGAUGUUACCACUGAAGCAGGACAUCCACAGGAGGAAUAA